AUGAACGAGGCUUUGUUUAGCGCCGACCUCGAGAAUUUUCCCAGCAUUGUGCGCAUCGUUAAUGACGUCUCUGGCGCAUUAACGCUUUCGUUGGCGUCACAAAUUUUUGCAAGAUCGACUCGGCACGCGACGGUGCCGCUACCGGCGGGCUCUACGUCAGUUCUGGCGAAGCCCACGAAGUACCACUACUAUCCACACAAUCAGCACAUAUAUUUGCUGCCGGAGUGUGCAAUUCAACAGGUGUGCAACGCGGUCUACGUACGGCUGAACUACACGCAGCCGCUGUGCGCGUGCCCUGCCCGCUACAGGGACCCGUGCUCCGCAAGCCUGAACGCCGACGACUUGCACACCACGCGUCUCACUACGGAUUCCAAGAAGAAGUACGCCAAAAAAGCGGUGACCCUAGUGAAGACCUGCGAAGCGGUGUCCGAGAUGAGAGAAUGCCGAGCGCCGAGAGACUGGUCAUUGCUCGCCCUUCAGAACAUAAGGACGGGCAAGUCGCACUAUCUGGUCAUUUGUCGCUGUCCAGAAAGUCAUAUUUUAGGGUACAAAGGGAACAGGUACACGAGCGCGCAGAGCACGACCAGCUCGUACAAAGUGGACUACUCGCAGGCUCACUCCUACUCGAACAAGCCUGUGUACAACCGGUACCAGUCGCACAGUUACCAGGACCAAAACUACUACAACCGGAGGUCCAGAUCGGCGCGCGUGCGGCGGACGGCGCCGAAAUACCCAAACCCGCCAUUCCCGUGGUACAAAGCCAAGGAACUGGCCCAAACGUUACAGUGGUCCAAU